CCUACCUGGCCAGAGGGGCCCGCGAGCCAGAGGGCCAUGGUGGAGAGGCAGGUGGGGCAGUUAGGAGCUCCAGGGACAUCCUGGUCCAACUGAAGGACUGCUUCCUGUGCCGCCAUGAAGAAGCUUUUCACAUUAUGGAGAAGGAAGGAUGAGCCCCACAGUUCUUGCUCACACCUGCCCAUAGGCAGGCCAGCCAGUAUCGGUCCUCCAGCCCAGCCAGGCUACAACCUUAGAGAUAAGGAUUUAAAGAAACUUCACAAAGCUGCCUCGGUUGGGGAUUUAGAGAAGGUGAAGGAGUAUCUUCAGCUCAAGAAACAUGAUGUGAACAUGCGGGACAGAGAACACAGAACAGCUUUGCACCUGGCCUGUGCUAAUGGAUAUUCAAAUAUUGUAUCUCUCUUAAUUGAGAAACAGUGCAAAGUAAAUGUCUGGGAUGGUGAAAACAGAUCUCCAUUGACUAAGGCAGUACAGUGUGACAAGGAGAGUUGUGUUACUAUUCUUCUAGAACAUGGCGCAGACCCAAACCUGGUGGAUUUAUAUGGCAAUACUGCUCUUCAUUAUGCUGCUUGUCAUCAAAGUGACUCAUUAGUUGCAAAACUGCUUGAACACAAAGCUAAUCUUGAAGCUCAAAAUAAGGAUGGAUAUACUCCACUUUUACUUGCCAUUACUGAAAAUAAUGCAGAAAUGGUAGAAUUUCUUCUGAAGAGUGGGGCAGAUGUGAAUGCUUCAGAUAAGAAUCAAAGAACAGCCCUUAUGAUUGCUCUCAGUGAUGAACCAACAAGUUUAGUCAGUCUUCUUCUUCAGCAAGAGGUGAACCUAUCUUGUCAAGAUAUUUAUGGAUUCACAGCUGAGGAAUAUGCUUCUUUCAAUGGUUUUACUAUGUAUCACCAAUUAAUUGCUAAUUAUGAAAAGAAGAAUGUUAAACAGAUAUCUAACUCUACAAAUACAACUUUGGACUCUAUAUCUGAUACAGAAGAAGUGGAGGAAGCAUCAUGGAACACAAACUAUAGGAACUUGGGCAAGAAUCUCAACCUUUCUGAACUUGUUUCCUCAUCUGAAAAACUUGUUGUGAAAGUAAAUGAGAAUGAAAUUAUUCAGCACAGUACCUGA